GGAGGCCCAUACUACUUCAAAAUUGGCCCAGAAAAGUCUUCUUAAGAAAACCCUAAAUCUUCACUAUAUAAAUUCCUUCCUCUGCCGUCAGCCUAAACUUUCCUCCCCAGUGAUAGGGUUUUUGCAGCCGAAGAAGAAGAAGAAAUGGGGAAAGGAACAGGGAGUUUUGGUAAGAGAAGAAACAAGACUCACACCCUCUGUGUGCGAUGCGGCCGCCGCAGCUUUCAUCUCCAGAAAAGCCGUUGCAGUGCUUGUGCUUUUCCUGCGGCCCGUGUCAGAAAAUAUAACUGGAGUGAGAAGGCUAUUCGCAGAAAGACCACUGGAACUGGCCGAAUGAAGUACCUCCGUCACCUGCCACGCAGGUUCAAGACUAACUUUAGAGAAGGUACUCAAGCAGCUCCAAGGAACAAGGGAGCUGCUGCAGCUUCAUCGUAAGUGUUAGAAGGGCGAUGAAAGUGUGUUUUAUUUCAAUGUUUUUGAAUUUUCAAACAAGAAGUUUUGAAUUGUUGUUACUUGUUAGACACUGGGAAUUGUUUUCAACAAUGGAGAGUUACAAAUGUUUAUCCUUCUGUUAUGGUAAUGAAUGGUGAUCACCUUUUAUUGUGUG